AUGACAACCUGCUCUCCUGAGACCGUUUCAGAUAUAAAUGCACUAUCAGAGUACUUGAGUGACCCUCAGUUAGACAACCUCUCUUCUGCACCCCCGGUGGACUGUAUGAUAAUAUGCGCUUCGCAAGUCCUUUUCGGAGCUGAAACAAUUUUCCACUCCCUCGAGCAAAGACCAGAUCUUACAAAAUCCCUGGUGCUUUGCGGCGGCAUUGGCCACUCAACGAAACUACUCUACGCCGCUGUCCGGCGCCAUCCUCGCUACUCGAACCUCGCCAAAUCAAUCGAAGGACUGCCAGAGGCUCGGGUGCUAGAAAGAAUUCUGGAUGGAUUCUUCGAUCGUAACAGGAUUACCGCGCAGGGAUGCCAUAUUCUCAUUGAAGAUCAAUCUACCAACUGUGGGCAGAACGCCUUGUUUAGUCGCCGCGUGCUUGAGCAGGCAGGUUUCCGAGAACCGAAAUCGGGCAUCAUCAAUCAAGACCCGACGAUGAUGCUGAGAACGAAGGCUUCUUUUGAAAUGGUCUACAGCGAUAUGUUGUCCAAAGUCUCGUUCCACAGCUUGCCGGGAUUUGUUCCAAAGGUACGAUUAUCGGACAACGGCCUUUUGGCGUAUAAGCAUACGGAAGGUAUACCUGGGUUGUGGGGACUAGAUCGGUUUAUUGAAUUACUUUUGGGAGAAAUACCAAGAGUCAGAGAUGAUGAAGAAGGUUAUGGUCCACGCGGGCGUGGUUUCAUAUCUCAUGUUGACCUGCCAGCUGAUAUCGAGCUGGCGUGGACCCGGUUACGGGUUAUAUUCGAACACCAUAGACUUAGAUGA